AUGUCCGGUGAGGCGUCCUCAUACGACGCCCUGAUCGUAGGGGCAGGCUUCUCUGGUAUCUUUCUCCUAUAUCAUCUUAGGAAGAUUGGCCUCAAAUGCAGAAUAUACGAAGCCGGCACUGGUCUAGGAGGAACCUGGCAUUGGCACACUUACCCAGGUCUCCGCGUUGACUCCGAAGUCCCUGUUUACGAGUACUCUGCCCCAGAGCUGUGGUCUGGUUGGACGUGGACAGAAAAGUAUCCUAAUGGAGAAGAGAUCCUUAAAUAUUUCGAUCAUGUCGACCAAGUGUGGGACAUUAAAAAGGAUGUCGAGUUUGGCGCCAAAGUUGUUGGUGCCCAAUUUAACAUGCAGAACAAUAACUGGGACGUGGAAACUGAAGAUGGACGCACUACACACUGCAGGUUCCUUCUUCUUGCUACCGGAUUUUGCGCCAAACGAUAUGUCCCAGAUUAUAAAGGGUUAGACUCCUUCAAAGGCAUAAUGUGUCACUCCGCAGACUGGCCUCGAGAGGGCGUAGAUGUCAAGGGGAAGAGAACAUCAGUAAUUGGGACUGGAGCCACGGGUGUCCAGUUAACCCAAGCACUAGCGAAGGAGUCUGGUAGCUUGGUUGUGUUCCAGAGGACUCCUAACCUAGCACUUCCUAUGCGCCAGGGGAAGUUGUCCCGUGAAGAACAGGAAGACAAAAAGAAGAAUUACGAAAAAUUCUUCAAAAACAGAGAGACAACCUUUUCUGGCAUGAGAUAUGAUUUUUCUGGUAGAGUCGCUACGGCGGAGUCUGACGAUGAGCGAGAAGCACACUUCGAGAGCCUAUGGGAAAAUGGUGGAUUUGAGUUCUGGGUAGGCACUUACUCAGAUAUCCUGUUUGACCCCAAGGCGAAUCGUUACGCAUACGAUUUCUGGGCAAAAAAGACACGAGCGAGGAUAAAUGAUACCAGAAAGAAAGAUAUAGUUGCGCCAUUGGACCCACCACAUGCAUUUGGGACGAAACGACCUUCACUCGAAGAAGACUACUAUGACAUGAUCGACAGACCUAACGUUGAUGUCGUAGACAUUAGAAAAAAUCCCAUUGCUGAAAUUAAACCAGACGGCAUUCUCCUCAGUGACGGUACUUUCUACCCUCUGGAUGUGAUUGCUCUUGCUACAGGUUUCGACGCAGUGACCGGAAGUAUGACAAACAUGGGACUCCGUGAUAUUGAUGGCAAACCUCUCAAAGAGGCCUGGAAAGAUGGAGCAAUGAGCUAUCUCGGCAUGUGUAUCAAGGGCUACCCAAAUAUGUUUUACCUGUAUGCCACCCAUGGCCCGACCGCGUUUAGUAAUGGGCCGUCAUCAAUUGAGAUCCAGGGACGUUGGAUUGUGGAAGUGAUCAAGAGGAUACUUGAGAAUGGUUGGAAGAACAUACAGCCCACAGGCCGGGCGCAGGAAGAGUGGAAAAACAAGGUCAAUGCAGUGUCAAACGCCACUCUUCUUCCACUGACUGAUUCGUGGUAUAUGGGUAUGAACAUCCCGGGCAAGAAGCGCGAGCAACUCAAUUAUGCUGGUGGCCUUAAGCAGUAUGAAUUAGAAGGCCAGAAUGCAUUGAAGACAUGGGAUGGGUUUGCGGUAGCUUGA